AUGAAAGAAUUGGUGAAUGAACACCUUUUCAAACUCUCUGCUCAACAACUCUUAUUAAAAGUUAUUUUAGCUUCGGAAGAGUUUCAUUUGAAUUUUCUUAAAUUAUAUAAACGAGUAAAUCAUGCCGAAUUGAUCAAUGAUUGGAUAUUGUAUAACAAGGAUAAUAAUAAUAAGGAGAAUGAUUUGAUGAAGGAAAAGGAAGGAGAAAUAUUGGGAAUUAAAAUUGUAGAAAAUUAUUAUCGGAACAAUGAUAAUGGUGUUGGUGUUGGUGCUGGAGGUGGAAGGACACCACGAGUUGCAGCAUCAUCAUCAACAACACAAAAAUUGAUAGAUAUUGACGAAGAUCAUAAAUUGUUUCGGAGGAGUAAAAUUAAAUUGUUGAAUCAGCAGUAUUGUGCCAUGAUGGAAGAAUGUCUGACGUUUCAAAUUGUGGAUACUAUAGAGACGAUUAGAAUUGAUUUUGAGAUUAGUUUGAUAGAGAGCGAGUCGUUGAAGUUUCCUGGAACUUUGACAAUGAAAGGAUAUUUCACAUUUAAGAAUAUUGAAGAAAUAUCACAUCUUGGGUCGUCAUCAUCAUGUUUAUCACCCAGAUAUAGUAUAAUUGUAUCAAUAUAUGUUUUAAUAGAGUAUAAGGUCAUGUUCAUAGGAUCUGUGACAUCGAUUGAAGAGAAAUUAUAUGGAGAAUGUAAAAAAUUAUUUGAUUUGUGGUUUGAUAGGCUGAAAAUAGUUGAAAAUGAAGUACGAGAUUCUGUUUUCAACAUUAAUACAUUUAAUAGAGAUGCUGAUUUGAAUGCAUCAAUAGACGAAAAACAAAUACUCAAUUCGACGAGUAUUCUACCUAUAGCAAAACCAAUAAUAACGAGAGAAAUUUUGAAUGAUUGGAAUGGAAUGAAUUAUAAUAUUAUGUGGGAAAAUGAAACAUCACCCUUCAAACUUCCUGUUGAGUGUAGCUCAACUGAACUUAAAGACAUGGAAUUUGAAUUUCUUAUUCAACAUCCAACACCAAUAUUGGAAGAAGAAAUUCAAAUAGAGGUGAAUAAUUCAAUUCGUAAUCCAAAAGAAUUAGAGGAAAAUCCCAAAUUUUGCUGUUGCGUGAUUAUAUAA